UCGGAUUUUAUAUAUCUAUAUAAACAAUAUCAGUGUGCUACAACGGCAGUGAUGGACGUCGACAUCUUAUUAACGUUAAUGUUGUCCGUGGUUUUAACCGCUUGUCAAAAUGUGAAUGGAAGUGAAGAUCUCCCAACCACGGCUUUUCUGCAGACCUCAUUUUCUCCGCUGCAAACUCCAAUGUCGACAGUGUCCGCUAUAUCUCCGAUAUCUGCUUUUCAAACAAACUCUUUUAUGGGACCAGAGAACGAUACUCAGCUAUUAACAUCAGUAUCUGGCAGUGGGGCGGCGAGGAUGCAGGGCGAUCCUUCUGUUAGUGCUAGAAAAUCCACCCAAACCCUUACUGUGCAUACACUCCGCAGUAGUCAGCUUUUGGAAUCAGAAACUAUUUACCAGACUGUGAUGGCAACAGAACUCACAGCUAGUGAUCAAGUGUCUGGAUCUGCUAUAAAUGCAAGCGUGAAAGCCGAAGAAAGUCGUUGGAAUAUGGACAUGUCGCUUAUUACGAUUAGCUCGUUUACAGAAGGUAUAGCUCCUUCCUCGGCUUCAUUACUAGAUAGGUACCAGACGACCUUUAAUUUAAACUUCAUUGACAGUAGUUCUGUCAUCAAUAGUGCAUUUUCCAUCAACGGUGCCUCUGUCAUGAACAGUGCGUUUGCCACUGACAUUGCGUCUGUUAUCAACAGUGUCUCUUCUGACAUUAACAGUGCAUCUGCCAUCAACAGUGAGUCUGCCAUCAACAGGGAGUCUGCCAUCAACAGUCAGUCUGCCAUCAACAGGGAGUCUGCCAUCAACAGUCAGUCUGUCAUCAGCAGUCAGUCUGUUAUAGACAGUGCCUCUUCAAACAAUAUUGUCUCCUCAGCCAUUGACAGUUCAUCAUCCAUCAACAGCGCGCCUGCCAUCAAUAGCGCGUCUGCCAUCAAUAGCGCGCUUGCCAUCACCAGUGCUUCUGCCAUUAACUGGAACUCUUCCAUCAACAUUGAGUCUGCCGUCGUCAGUUCCUCCUCCACCAACAGUGCGUCUUCCGUCAACAGUGUGUCUGCCAUCAAUAGUGUCUUUGCCUCUCCAACUGACAGUGACGCCGACAAAGUAUCAAUCAGUGUCAGUGCUUCGGCCAUUGACAAUAUAUCUGAAACUUCACAGGUGCAGUUUUCUCCUCCAGUCACUGUAUUGAGUAACGAUUUCCAGUGGGUGAGCUCCGAGGCUGGAAAUCCUUCCCGUACACCCUCCUUACCUGCUCUCACACCACCGUCACAUUCACUGUCCACCGGCGCUGAUGCCAUACAGCCAACUGUUGCUGAUUUUGUGUCAGAAAGCAAAACAAUUUUGAUUUUCUCGUCUACGUCAGAAUUUGUUGAACUACCAGAGAGCACGACAUUACGAACGAACAGUUCUGAUUUUACCUUACCAGCCACAAUGAAAACUGUUCCAGAUACCGAAACAUCGUCUUCCAUUCCUGCAUCACAAUCAUUGGCAUCGUCUUUUUCAACAGUGUUUUCGUAUACAACUAUUCUCCAAACAAAUAACAUUCAAACUACGAUUGUGAAUGAUUCUACAACAAACGAUUACAGGGUUAUAAUGGAUUUUAACGGAAAAUGUGAGAGAUUAAAGAAGAACGACUAUUUACGACUUGCUUUUAUAAGUAAAUUGAUAGAACAACUGAGCCUGAAGAUGAAUGUCUCUGCAGGAAAUUUCGAAACAGAUAGGUUUUUCUGUGAUCCGAUGCAAGCACAGUUGCAGGUUAGCAAACUAAAUCAAGAGCACUUAAACGCUAUAAGUGGAAUGAAGGAGAAUAUGACCAUAAGCGUAAGUGACGGAAAUGCCCUUCUCCCCUUUCAUGUUCUGGCUGUUCGUUUUAUCAAAGAGACCGACGCUUCCGUGUUUGACAUUGACUCUUUUGAGUCAGUGAUAGAAAUGACCGAUAUUGUGCUGAUAUCAGUGUCAUCAUUUGUGUUUCUAUUGCUAAUAAUGCUAUGUAUUAUAUAUACGUGUCGGGAGUGUCUUGUAAAAAAGCGGGGUCACACUUUUUCCGUGAUUGAUAUCCCGCACGUUAACCUCAAGCUUGCUGACUUUUCCCUCACGAAGAUUCCUCGUCCCCAGAUGGUGUACCACGCAGAUGGCGACACUCGACCGACCACGGCUUCCGAGUCCCUGUACAGAGCGGGUCGGCGCCCGCACAUUCCGCCACGGUGGUCGGCACAGGAUCCCACACCACAAGAACACAGGCUUUCAGUUAAUGCUGAGGACAUUCAGGUCCGCAUGGCUGACAGGGACGGCGGGCUGGUGAUUGGCGUGACCUCGAAGGCCUGUCAGUUGAUCGCACUCAACGGCCAUUCCACCGCCGGCAAUGAAAGCCUGUCUCGGAAACUCCUCAAGCCUGAAUAUCACCAGGGUCCACUGGAGGGGGUCGACAAUCCAAACUGUUCAACACUCGACGAAUCGUCGAACAGUAAUAAGGAAUACAAAGAGGACGAAAAUAGUGAAUUAGAACUGAUGCUUUGAUUUGUUAAGACAUACAUUUUCAUGUGUACAGUAAACGUUUUCAAUGUAAUGUGUAACCCGUCUGCUCAUUGAAUGUGUGUUUACUAGUCUUUGCAUUGGACGAACGUGUGUCUGCAUGUUUUGCUAUACAUAAUCAACCCAGAGCGCAGCGAUACUCGUGAA